AUGGAGACUCCUGACUGUGAAAGCAACCAAUUAUAUGAAAAUGUACCGGACAAAACUUUGCAGCAACCAGAAAUAUACAUCACCAGUCCCCACAUCAUCAACACAAAUGAAGUGAAAAACUAUAAGACACGAUGGUAUAUUUUGUUCGUGUACUGUCUAAUAGCCAUCUUACAAAAUAUCAUGUGGAAUACUUGGGGACCAAUUCAAGCAACAGCCAGGGCAGUAUAUGACUGGGAUGAUUACGUCAUUGAUUUAAUGGCUGCCUGGGGAUGUAUUACAUUUUGUAUUGCAAUGUUACCAUUUGCUUGGAUCAUGGAUGUUAAAGGUACAUUGUAUUAAGCCCAGGUCACACUACACAACGAUAACGAUACGAUAAUUUGUACACGCGCGCUGAUUGGUCAAAAAUUUAUUGUUAUCGUCCGACUGAAAAACAAAUCGCUCAGGUGAGCGAUUUUAAAAUCGUUAUCGUUAUCGUCUAACGAUAAUUUUAUCAUUUUCGUUGUUGUGUGGACACUAACACAAUUUUUUUGACAAUUAUCGCGUGUUUACAAUUUAUCGUAUCGUUAUCGUUGUGUAGUGUGACCGGGCCUUUAAAACAAUUAUUGAAUUCGGUUUUUGCAAGAUAUGAAGAAUUAUAAAUUUCGGGCUUGGUAAUUCUUGAUAUCAUGCUGAAUCUCGUUCAAUAUAUAAUUGUGAAUUAUUGCACGUUGAAGGCAAUGUGACAGCUAGUAUACAUUGAGAUAUGACCGGGGAUUGUUAUAAGCAAGCAGGAAUGAGAAUAAAGUAUGAUAAUAAGAUUUAAUUAACUGCCAUUUGAUUUGGUGUAGGUUUACGAUUGACAAUGAUUCUGGCAUCUGGGUUACAGUUCUUUGGUGCUGCUUUAAGAUGCUUUCCAACUAAUAGAAACACUACAGCAACAGUUUUAAUGCACUGUGGUCAAUUUAUUAUUGGGUUAGCUGGUGGGAUGUCUCCUGCCGCUUUGAUAUCUUCAACUUGGUUUCCCCCAAACCAACGUACGACAGCAACGGCUAUAUCGACCGUAGCCAGUUAUAUUGGAACUGCACUAGGGUUUAUUAUCGCUCCUGAAUUUGUAGAUGAUAUUAAAGAUUCAAAUAUUCCUAAAGUGAACAAUCAGUAUCAUUUAAAUAGCACGCAGGUAAAUAUGUACAAAAGACAAAUUAACAAUCUUCUGUAUUCUGAAGCUGGUCUUCAAUUCGUAAUUUUUGUGGCUAUCAUUAUUUACUAUCCUGCAAAACCAAAGAAUCCACCCAGUUUAUCUGCUGCCAAAGAACGUGUUGAUUUUAAAAAUGGUAUAAAGGAACUUUUUACAAAUUAUAAUUUUCUAUUAUUUGCAACAAUAUAUGGAGCAAGUACUGGAGUAUAUGGUGGAUGGUGUUCUGUGUUAUAUCAAAAUUUAUCUGAGUAUGGUAUUUCAGUGAAUGCGAAGUUUGCUGGAUGGCUUGGAUUUGUUGCUGUCAUCAGUGGAUCUUUUUCAGGAGUGUCGUUUUCAUUGUAA